GACAAAAAGAGGUUCUGACGGAAAGAUGGAGUCGUACUCUGUCGGCUUCACGAUAUUCGACGCCAGAGGCCUUGUCACACCCUCAGGAGGCCCAGUCGACCCCGUAGGGCAAAGAAAGACGGACGCUCACAGGGCUGAUUGAUUCAUUGAUUCUGUCUGAGUGUGUGCAGUUGGUGGUGGUGCGCUGCUGCGGUCAGGAGUACCGCACCGACAUCAAGCGAUCCAAGCAGGAAAUCGUCGUGUGGAACGAAAGCAAAAUAUGGUCAAACCUCCAAAUGGUACGUGUCUGUGUCUGUGUCUGUGUGUGAAUGAAUGCUCACCAUCUCAUCUCUAUGUGCCGUGUGUGUGUGUCAUGGGUGUGUGUGUGUGCGUGUGUGUCAGUAUCCCGAUCAGUUCUCGUCUGCCUUCAUCGAGUUUGAGGUGCAGGCGCGAAACGCCUUUUGGCGCAACGACGUCAUCGGCAAAUGCUCACUGCAACUCGAGAUGAUCAGGAGGUACACAACACACGCAGGGACAGACAUGACACAGACGGCCACAAGUGAAUGCAUUCGUGUGUGUGUGCGUGUGUGCUGUGUUGGUUGGGUGCUCAGGCGUAAGACUCACCAGUACACCAAGAAGUGGCUGACUCUGUACGGCGAGAACCAGACGGGCGGCAUGGGCAUCAUCAAAAUCACCGUAUUUGCCGUCGGACCUGGUAGGUCGCAUCGCAUACCCAGCAAACUUAUCCUUAUUCCUCCCUUAUAUAUUGUGAAUCGCUUGAUCGAUCAUUCAAUGGGUUAGGUGACCAGCCCCCUAGUCCCGACGACGACAUGGCGGACGCGCAGGACGAGGAGGGUGAAAGGGAAGACCUCGAGGACCUACACAAGGCCGUCCUCGGUAAGAACGCUGUAGUCAGUCGAUAUAGUGCCCUCUUCGCAUGUCCUACAUGACAUGUGUGUGUACUAAAUCGGUGGCAAUGGCAGGUGGGGCCGAGGGCACGGCAGGGGUGACGGGCAAGCCGCACCACCUGUACGUGUCGAUCCACAAGGUGGAGCACCUGCCCAAGCAGUGGUGGGGCGGACCUAACCCAUACGUCACCUGCGGCUUCGGCGGGUCGCUACUCAAGUCCUCCGUCGCAAGGAACACCACCUCACACACAUUCAACGAAGUAAACAGACACCACACCAACGAGCGCAUCGCAUACGUGAGGUGAGUGGUGUGUUGGUUCGGUCCAUGGCAUGUGUCGAUUAGAUGUUUCGCCUGCCGGUGGUGACGCCCGUGUUUGAGGACUCGGUCGUCGUGCAGUUGUGGUCGGAGAGCCUGAUGGGGCCGGACGAGCUGCUGGCGCAGGGGAGACUCUCCUUCUCUGAACUCAGGUACACCCACAACCACAUCCAGUAACUAGUGGAAAUGCCGCCAUGCGUGUCUGUCUGUCUGUAUGCGCAGGAAUCACGCGAUGCAGCCGCGCUACUUCAACUUCUACGGUUUCGACAAGGAGGAGAUCCCCGACAUCGGCCCCAUCAUCGCCACGGGGGCGGUGCUGCAGCCCAACUGCUUUCAGGGCAGGAUGCUCAUCAGUGCUCGCGUGGAGAGGCUCGAGAGCGAGGAGGACCUGCAGGAUGCCAUGGUGCUGUCCGCCAAGACCCACGAGGAGCCCCACCAGAUAUCGCUGGCACUGCUCGGUGACGUCUAUGAGGUGCAGAGGGAGGGAGUGAGGGAGGGAGGGAGGGAGGGAGGGAGGGAAGACACUGGUUCCAUCAACGAAUAUGUGCGUGUGUGUGUGUAGGCGACGGGCAUUAGCGGCCGUGAGUGUCAGGUGGUGAUCCAGUGCGGCAGGGAAGAGAGAUGCACUCCCGGAUGGGCACAGCUCGACUAUGUAAGUAGCCACACACAGCACAGCCACCCAGCCCCCCCAGCACACACCAGACAUAGCCUAGCCAGACGCCCACUUGUGUAUGUAUGUGUGUGACCUUCCACAACGCCUGCAGGAGAAGAAGCAGCGUCGUGGUGGCGAGGAGGGGUGUCCCUUCACCUUCACUCGUCAGCAGGGCCGCAUCUCGCAGCUCAACGUCAUGUGCUGCGAGGACGACAACCAGGCAUACGACGUCGUCGUGUCCGUAUACACACGCGGAGUCAUCUCGGGUACAUACGACGCAGGACGUAGUAGAAGUGCAACACCCAUUCACCCAUUCUUCCUGUGUGUGUGUGGGUGUGUGUGUGUGUGUGGACGAUGUCAGCCAGGAAGCGAGUGGGUUUCGUCCGCAUGCCUUUGCGCAAGGUGCCGCCACUCGACGAGGGACACCCACGAGUGCCCACGUGAGACGAACCAUCCGGCCGUCCCCUCCACUCCACCAGCUAUGCAUUUCCUCUUGUGUGUCCAUCCCUCCCAUCCACGUGUGCAGUUGGUUCACCUUGACCCCGAUGCCGAGUGUGGGUGAGGCGCCCCCCGAGAAGCCUGGUGCGGUGCUCAUGACGCUCGAGAGGGCCGAGAAAGAAGACGUCGUCAGACCCACCAGGAAGAACGUCAUCGCUUCGGUACGCAUCCGUGCAAGGCAGGCAGGUGUGUGCAUUUCUGUAUGUGUCUGUGUAUGUGUGUGUUUGUGUGUCAGGACUAUGAGUUGCGGUGCUACAUCUACAUGGCGCGGCAGCUCAAACCGCCCUCACAGGAGAACCCUUACCCAAUGGUCGGUUCGUCUGCCUGUCCAUCUUGCAGAAGCCCCAUCCCCCCCACACACACAUACACAUGUCUCUCUCUCUCUCUCUCUCUCGCAUGUGCUGGUGUCGUGUCGUACGUGUGCAUCCAUCAGCUGGAGGUGUCUUGUGCGGGUGUGAGUGCCGAGACGGCGGCCAAGAGCGGCACCACCAGCCCCCACUGGAUGGAAGCCCUCAAGCUGGACGUCAAGCUCAUGACGCCCACACCAACCAAACCACCCACAAUGGAGCCAAUCACACUCGCCGUCUACGACAAGACGCUCUUCAGGAAAGCGCUCGUCGGCAAGGCCAUCGUCAACUUCGGCAGGUGGGUGGGGGCGUGGGUGUCGGUGUGGGUGUGGGUGAUGGGGUGUGAAUCGAAUCGGUGUGUGUGGUGUGCUGGUUGGGUGACCGACAGGAUGCGCCAGAAGGAUGUGUUGGGUCAGUGGGACAAGUUCCAGCUGUCGCCCCAGUGGAUCAAGCUCAAGGGCGGGCCACACGCCUCCAAACACGUGGGCGACGUCAUGGUCGCCUUCGAACUGCUCAGGUAGGUACACACCUUCUGGUGGCUCAGCCUGCUCACCAGCAGGCAGGGGCCCGUGUUUGUCGAUCGGCUUUAUCGGUGGGUCGGUUGGUUCCAAUGGAUGGAUGGAUGAAUGGAUGCAGGAAGAAGCACGUGGAGGAGCUGCCGAUGCAGGACAUGGCACCACGACUCAAGGAGGUCAACCUCAACCUCUCCAUACUCGGACUCAGGUGGGCGCGGUGCGGCUGACAGCCAACCAGCCAGCCAUAUCCCUAAUGUGUGUGUCGGGUCGUGUUGUGCAGGGACCUGGUGGCUCCUGCCGUCGCCGGCAUCCUGCCAACGCCCGUCGCGUACCCAUACAUAGAGGUCUCAGGUGCGUACGUACCUACGUCAGCCAGCAUAGCAUACACGCCUGCAGGCACUGCACUGCACACUCUCGUGGAUGGAUGGAUGGAUGAAUGUGUGUGCACGGCAGUAAGUUCGUUCACGGCGACGGCGAGCACCCAUCUGCUGGACAUCCCCUACACACCCAAACCUGACCCCAACAACAGAGACCCCAUCAUGCAGAACAAGUAAGUAACCACAACAACAACACCACCACCCUCACCCCACUUGUGCAGUGCAUGGUCGUCAUUCAUUGAUUCAUUCCAUGCAGGUGCUGGACGUCCAAGGCCGGCACGUCAUUCGACUUCCUCUCUGCGAAGCGUGUGCCGGUGCUGCUGCCGGUGCGGCCCGUGUGGGACCCCAUGCUGCACAUCAAGGUGUUCGACAAAGGGCUCAUCGGCCUGCAGGCCACCUACAUCGGGGAGACCUCCAUCCAGCUGGCGCCUUACUUGCCGUGGGUCGACGAUCCCGAGGAGGCCUACCUAGCCGUGGAGGGACAGGAGGACUACCAGGGGGUGGGCAUGCACACCCACGCACCUUUCUGCUGGCAAUGUAGAGGGAAAAUGGCGUUGUGUGUGUGUGAUUGUGUGUUUGUUAGGACCGCACUUUGGAAGACGUCGACGGCAAGAUGGACGUGAGCACCCGGCGGGGGUCCAUGUACAGACCAGAGAACAUCCAAAAGCUGCAGGUACGGCAGGGAGGGAGGCAGGGAGGCACCGAGGGAGGGAGGGAGGGAGGGAGGGAGGGACCAAACCAUCCAUCCAUCCAUCCAUCGAUUGAUUGAUAUGCGACCGACCAACGCGCCACUACCCACUGUGACCGUGUGUGUCCUUUGGUUGAUUGACGUGCAGGGUGGCCAGGCGGAGUGGCGUGUGGGCAAGAAGGGCGUGCAGAUUUCCGAGGUCAUGAUAGCAGAGGAGGAGGACGAGCUCUCCACCUAUCAGAAGAAAAUAAGGGACUUCAGGAACCAAAUCCGGGAAUCCCAAACGCAGGACAUGGUGCCAACGGUAAGCACCUACUGCUUGCUCGUCCUGAUGGAUGGAUGGAUGGAUAUGUACCUGUCUGUGUUCAUUCAUCAGGACGAGGCGCCCUCCCGCCCCCUCCUCCUCUCAUCAGGCAUCCCCGCCUGCCUCCAUGACUACUACAGGGUCUGCAACACAACACAACACAACACAACACACCGCACCACAAUCCACCCGCGCCGCGCCCCAUGUCAUGUGUCUGGCGGUAUGUAUGUAUGGUGUGGUCAGAGUCGGCCCGCGCCCACCAUCCGCACGCGUGAGCUGUCGCUGAACGUGCAGAUCCCGUCCAAGUUUGUCAUUCUCAAGGAGGGCCAGGCGGGGAGGGCCAAGGCGACCCAGGACAAGGCGAGAAGGCCGCGGGUCGAGGGCGGCCUGGAGGGGAUGCUGGACGACUUGCACUGGCGCGCCAUGCCGCUGACGAGGGGAGGCAACAAGGAACAAGUGUUCGGAUACUUCAAGGCAAGCAGGGAGGCACAGCUAGCUGCACAGGGAGAGGGCCGCAUUCAUUUAGACGACACACGCGUGAAUGAGUGGGCGAUAUGCGAUGUGUGCAGGGUGUGAUACUGCUGGAGCAUGGCGGCAGGCGGUCCAUCAUGGUCGAAAAGACCAAGAAAGACCUCCUCGAGUAAGUCAGUGAGUGAGUGAGGGAGCAAGGAGCGACGGCUGAAAGCAAUGGGCCGCACCACACGACACACUUCAUGCCAUGCCGAUGUGGCUGUGGCUGUGGCUGUGGCUGUGGCUGCCUGUCUGUAUGCGUCUGUGCGUCAGCUACGCAUUCGAGGCGUCCACUCUGCGCGAGUACUUCAAGGUCACCACCAACUCACCCAACACAACACACAAUACCACCCACCAUGCCACUGUGUGAGUCUGCCUGUCUGUCUGCAUGGUCAGGACAAGAGUCGUUUGCCGAGCCGCGUGCGGCUGCGCAUCUAUGUGGUGCGGGGCAUCGCCGUGCAGGCGCAGUACGGACCUUACCUCGAGUUCACCGCCGGCACACACGUGGUCAACCUCAGAAGCUUCAAGAAGUCACAACUCCUGCAGCCGGAGUUCUGGAGGACAGAAGAGGUAUGUAAAUGCAUUCAAUUCACCGCAUAGACACACAAUGGACAGAAGGGAUGGAUGCUCUGCUGCUGUGCUGUGCUGUGCGCACACUGUUGUGUGGAUCGAUCUACAUAGAUGGAUUUGGACUUGCCGGACAAGGGUCGCCUGGAGGUGUCGUUGAAGGACUACCACGACCUGGGGGACACGCUCAUCGGCAGCACCGUCAUCGACCUGGAGGACAGGUGGUUCUCGCGCCAGUGGCGGGACCUCAUGUACAAGGGCGCCAUACCCACCGAAUUCAGAAAUCUCACCGAAUCCGUCACAAGGUGGGUGAGGCGGAUUCCACGUCGUGUGAAUGUCUGUGUGUGUGUGUGUGUGUGCCUGUCGAUGCAGCCAGAGGUCUAAGGGUGUCGUGGAGAUGUGGAUCGAAAUGUGUGAAACAUCAAGGUGGGUGCAAUCAACAGAAUCGACACACCAGCCAGUAGGUGUGUGAGUCUUGUGCUGCCUGGCUGGAUGUUGGUUGGUUGGCUGCAGGGUGUCGGAGUUCCCCCCAACUGAGCUUGAGCCGCCCAAGCCGACAGAGGUGGAGGUGCGCAUCGUGCUGUGGGGCACGCGCAACGUCAAGCUCGUCGACGGCGACCAUGUGGACGUCUGCAUUCAGUGCAUCCUCGACUGCGCACAAUACCAGGUCACACACACACACACAGAGAGAGAGAGAGAGGGAGGAAGAGAGAGAGGUCUCGGUGGAUGGAUGGUGUCUGUGGAUUACCAGGGUCGAUAUCCAGUGUUCCAGGAGACCGACACGCAUCUGAACUCCAAGGACGGCAAGGGCGUCUUCAACUGGCGCGUCGUGUACCCCAGAAUCGUCGUCCCUGUCGAAGCGUGUGUCGUGCAGGUCAGGACUGGCCUGACCUGGCAGACACACAUCAGUUCGCAUCACUCAAACAUGCGGAGGGCAUCUCGUGUGUGUGUGUGUGUGAUAGGUGAAGGUGCUGGACGACAACCAGAUCACCGAGAAGCAGUUCAUCGGAGAGGCAAGCAGCAUGCGGCCACAGCCCACCACCCCCCCACAUGCGUGUGUGUGUCUUGGUUCUCAGGUGAAUUUGGAUCUGAAAAAGUAUGUCGAGCACGUCGAGAGGAACCUCGAAACCCUCACUUUCGACGCCGAACUCAAAAUAUCCAACCGGUAAGCACAGCACAGCACGCCACAACACACACUGGUGGUCGCUGAUGCGUGUGUUGUGCAUACGUGCCGGUUGGGUGUGUGCAGUGCUGAGGGCGAAGAGGACAUCGGCACGGUCAUCCUCUCAAUGGACAUCAUGACACAACCUGAAGCAGACGCAAGGAAGGUAGCUGGAUGGAUGGAUGGAUGGAUUUCACGCAAGCAAGAGGGGGCACGCCACACUGACUCAUCUGUGCGUGUAGGUUGGCAUUCGUCGCGACGAGCCCAACCGCGACCCGCAGCUCAUCACGCCAACAGAGGGCCGCGAAUGGGGAGACCUCCUGGGUAUGGCGACGAGACACAUGCUCACCAGGCUGACAGCUCCGCUGCUUGUGGAUCGAUCCGGUGUGUGUGUGUGUGUGUGUGUGCAGGUUCUGUGGGUCUGACGUUCAAUUUUGACUUGUUUGGGAGCCGCCUCAAGUGGAUUGCUGGCGGGGCCAUCCUGCUGCUCAUCGUAAUCAUACUGCUGUACCUGGCCUUCAAACCCUGAUGGAUCCAUCCAUCCAUCCACACGUCGGUCCGUCCGGCCAGAGGGCACGCCGACACAUGCACUC